UAAACAACAUGGCUUCUUUGGGAAAAAUUAGAUCAGCAGUUUUGUGUUUCCACAAGGUGGUUGCAGCAUCCAGCAGAAGGACGUUCUCUUCUACCGCAUCGCUCGCUACGCAAAGCAAAGCUGGAGAAGAAGGUCUGACCAUCGUUCAUGAAGAAAAUGGAAUCCGAACAAUCACCCUCAAUAACACUAAAAAAAGGAAUGCACUAUCCCUUGCUAUGCUGGAGACCCUACGUAAAGACAUCUCUCAUGAUGUUAACAAUGAGAAGCUGAGGGUUAUUGUCAUCAAGGCGAAUGGUCCUGUAUUUAGCUCUGGACAUGAUCUGAAGGAAUUGACCAAUGAGUACACAAAGCAGAAUCAUGUGGAACUGUUCUCCAAAUGCUCCGAGGUGAUGAAACUCGUUCAGGACGUGACGGUGCCAGUCAUUGCUCAGGUCCGAGGUCUGGCUACGGCAGCAGGCUGUCAGUUGGUAGCAAGUUGUGAUAUCGCUGUCUGUACAGAUACCACCAAGUUUGCUACUCCGGGCGUGAGCAUUGGUUUAUUCUGUUCUACACCAGGAGUCGCUGUGGCAAGAGCUGUGCCGAGGAAAGUAGCAUUGGAGAUGUUGUUUACUGGACAUCCUAUCAAUGCAGAACGAGCCCUUCUCCACGGUCUGGUAAGUAAAGUUGUCCCCGAGGAAAAACUUGAGGAAGAGACACAAAACAUCGCAAAAAGAAUCUGUGAAACAAGUCGUAUUGUCACCGCACUCGGCAAGGCCUGUUUUUAUAGCCAGAUCGAACACGAUAGGAAUACAGCAUACAAGCAGGCAGAGAACGUCAUGGUAUCCAACCUCGCCCUCAAGGACGGACAGGAGGGAAUCAAAGCUUUUAUCGAGAAGAGGAAACCCGUGUGGACACACGGUGUAGACUCCUAGGGACAAGGUUUCGAGUUAGACUUUUGAUUUGUAUUGAUUUUGGAGAAUGGUGCUAAAUACUUUGAUGGAAAUAAUGAAAUGGAUAACUUGAAACUUCGCUCAUUUAGUUAUUCCUUUGUUGUGUCGUGGUUGUCGCGAUAGUGCAUACUGGCAAGGUCAGUGGACAAAUAGUUCUGGGACAGGGUGGCUUCCACCAGCUUCUUAUAGUUCCGAUGUUUUUGGCAACAUGCCUCAUCAGUUUCCUGGGUGGUUGAUGAAAAAAGCACUGUGCACAGUGAGCUACUGUGCAAUACCAGUGGACUAUGUGUCUAAGAAAACAGCCUCGGGGAAAUGAUUUGACAAAAUGUUGGUCCUCACAAACAAGUUAAAAGUUGUUGGCAUGUUCUGAGAGAUUUCACCGUUGAGAUCAUAGUAAUAAUUCGCACCGAAGUCAUCUUUCAUGAGCUGUCCAAUUUAGACUUGGAUGAGUUGUCAUUUUUGAAGCCAACUUUGUGAACUUCCAUAUGACGUUGAAAUAAACAGGAA